GGUAUCCUUUACACUAUCCACUGCUAGUGCUCAACUCGCCGCCACAUUCAUCUCCCACUGCGCCUUUGUGAGAACAUGAGUACUUAUACCAACAACUCCUCUGCAACUUCAAAGCUUGUCUACCUCGAACAUGCGACUCAUCCGGAGCGGGAUAGUCAUUUCAGUGCUGUAGCAGCUUCCAGAGAAUUCCUCAAAGCGAGCCAGAAGAGUUUCCUCGUACGGUGUUCCCAAUGUCACAUAGGACUGGAGAAACCUUUGAAAUGUGCAAAGUGUAAGAGCAUCUGGUAUUGCUCAAAAGAGUGUCAAAAGAAAAAUUGGCCCACGCACAAACCGGCAUGCCACGAAGUUGAACGCUCCUCGGGGCCACUCAAAUUCAUACGAAUGUUCGUUUUGAACCCAGUGAUCAUGGGGUUCCUCAAGAUUGGUGUCGCCUUCGACUGUGGUCUGCUCGACGAUCCCCGGGUGGGAUUCGACGUGCCGUUCGUGGCACGUGUUAACAUUGCCAUUGAGCCGAGUGACAUUCUUGACUUUGUUGGAUUGUAUCUCAACCCGAACGACAAGGCCGUUGGGGAGAAACAGAAGCUUCAGGGCAUGGUGCAAGUCAAUGCCAUCAGUCCAUUUCACCCGAGCAUUGAAGUUCCUUAUACGCCGCAGCAGCUAUACCUAUGGCGUGAAGCUCGGGCAAGAUGUAACGCAGAGGGUUUCGCCAAAGAUCCUGUUGGACUCAUAGAUUUUGUUGAUGGUAGUGCAGAGAAUCCAGGGCACUCACUAACCGCUGAGGUACACAUCCCCACUCUUAUCCUUGAGGCGGCGAGGAAACGCGAGCCUAUCCCAUGUAUCUCUGCUAUCACGGGCGCUGAGACCAUGAAACCCAUGGGUACUAUGACAUGUCUAGAGUGUAUCAACACGCAUAUUCGGGCGGAUAAGCAGAAUCAGUUGCAUUUACGGACUGAGAUGACCGAGCAAGACAAGGAAGUCAUUCGCGCUGCUAGACGCAAUGAGGACACACUUUCCGCUCGUAUACUCAGAGAGAAGAUGCAAAGAGAACGCAUCUAUGCCGAUCUCGUGCAAUUUACAGACUAAAUAGUCACAUAAAGAAGGGAAAUACUGAUACAAGCGACCUUCUCUCUUCUGCCCACAACUCUCUCCAUGACUACCGUGACAUCGAUGGGGCUUUACUAGAGUUAGAUCUGCCGACAAAGUUUGUAGCUCUCCGCUCGAAGUCUUAUGUACGAAGUCGCAUAUGCGAACCGAUAGUUUAUAUAAUCGCCAGCACAAUCUAUGCUGCUCCUGUGAUGC